GUAUCUUUGACGAUUGGAGUAGCUGUUAUCGUAGUCAUUCCGUUUGAGCUGUUGGAAACCUUAAAUUCACGACCUGCACCUCGAACUGUGAACAAGGAAUAUUUCAGCUCCUUGUCAGACAUCCCACCACCACCACCGAGUGACCAUGAGUCUGCUGGAGAAACUUUUCCACCUCAGAGGCCUGACGGGAAACCGGCCUGCCAUCGACCAGCACGGCCUGUUCACCAGCAUUCAGAUGAGCAAGAAACUGUUGUCCGAAAAACUCGCGGUGAAGGAGCCGUGGCGGCAAAACAAGAAGCCGCAUCAGUGCAGAGUCUGUCUGUACACCAACGACUCCAGUCCGUUCGUGGUUUGUUACGAUACUUCCGGGCACAAACCCAGGGCAAGGAUUGAGCUAUUCGGGACCAAGGUGGUCACCUGCGGUGAAAACUCUUUCAAAUUGUGCAACGAGGAAGGUUCUGAUGUGUACUUCUUCGAGACAGACGGGAGGUUGAAAAGGGACGAGUGGGUGAAGGCUCUGAGGGAGCAGUGCGAGAGAGAGCUCAGUCCGGACGGAGAGGAGUCCGUUCGCCUCAGCAAAAAGAUCAUGGAGGUCCGACAGCGCGUCAAGUCGCAAAAAAUGGCGGAGCUCGAGAACAACAACAACAACAGUAAGCCGCUUAAGACAUUACCGGUCACUCCAGAGGAUGGAAGACAAAGAAGCGUACCGCACUUGAAGAAAAACGCCAGACUUGCUAAGCGGAGGCCGCACAUAGAAAAGGCUAAGAAAGAAGCUGCACUAGCAGCCAAAAGCUUGCCUCUGUCGGAGUAUUUCGUGAGCGUGCCUGACUCGUAAGAGUUCAAUGAACCCUCUUUAAGUUAGGCGUAGCCGUAUUAGAGGCCUGACUAUUUCGCAUAUACCGAUGGCAAAUAACAAUGCAGUACAUACUCACACACUACGCGUAUGUUAGGAAAGCGUAUCGCUAACGUUAAUAUUAAACGAACAAGACAAUGCAACUUUUUUUACAUGUAUAGCACGUAUCUAAACCAUGUUACAGGAAGAUUAUCCAAACCGUUAACAACGUCAGUCACUGACAUUUCUAUUCACAAAGCUGUAUUUAUCGAAUGUAUAAAUCGAUGUCUAAUCAAUGUGGAGAAAAUUAACCGAGGCAAUAAACUGACUGUGGACUGCACA